AUGACAACGUCAAAGUCAUCCCCAGCUUACACAGCAAAAACCACCCAAACAGCCAUCGUCCAAAGCGAUGUCGCCGUCCCCGAGAACACCAAGGCCGCCACCGGGCCCCUGCCCCUAACCAUCUCCCACGCCGUUCCCAUGCCUCCCCUGCCCCCUCCGCCCGGCCACCUCCUGAUCCGCGUGCUCGCCGCCGCGCUCAACCCCAACGACUUCAAGAUGCCCACCUACCUGCCCGACCCCGGCGCCACCGCCGGCUGCGACUACUGCGGCGUCGUCCUCGCCGCUGCCUCCCCUUUCAAGGAGGGCGACCGCGUCUGCGGCUCUCUCUUCGCGUACAACCGCGCCCGCCCGCGCGACGGCUCCUUUGCGCAGUUCGCCGUCGUCGACGCGCGCCUGGCGCUGCGCGUGCCCGCGGGUUGGAGCGACGCGCAGGGCGCGGCGAUGGGCGGCAUCGGGUGGACCACGGCCGCGCUCGCGCUCUGGGGCGACUCAGCGCUGGCGCUGCAAGGGAGGCCGUCGCGGCCGCUGGCGGAGGCGGAGUCGGAGCCGGUGCUCGUGUACGGCGGCGCGACGGCCUCGGGCACCAUGGCCUCGCAGCUUCUCAAAGCAUCCGGGUAUAGACCUAUCGCGGUCGCGUCGCCGGCGUCCGCCGCGCUGGCCCGGCAGUACGGCGCCGCCGGCACGGCAUCGUACCAGUCCGCCUCCGUCGCCGAGGAUGCGCGCCAGGCGGCGACAGCAACCGGCGACGGUCAGAUCCGCCACGCGCUCGACUGCAUCACCGACGCCGACUCGCACGCCGCGUGCAUGGGCGCCAUCGCCCGCCGCGGCGGCCGCUACGCCUGCCUUGAGGUGCCCGACGCGAGCUGGCCGGGCGCGCGCAAGGCGGUCCGGGCGGGCGUCGUGAUGGCGUACGAGUGCACCGGGCACGCGGUGGACUACGGCGCUGAGUCGGCGUACACGCGGGCGGCCAGCCCGGAGGCGUACGCGCUGGCCGUCGAGGCGGUCGCGGAGCUGCAGCCGCUGAUCGAUGACGGCCGCGUGGUGCCGCACCCCGUCAGAGAGCUCCGGGGCGGAUGGGAGGGGAUCCUCAAGGGGCUGGAGAUGCUCCGCGGCGGACAGGUGCGCGGCGAGAAGCUGGUGGUUCGGAUCCCGCAGGCUUCAUGA